AUGAUCAAUGAAUAAAUGUUUCAAGAACUCAAAAACUCAAACUUUAAAUCCAUUAUUGAUAAUUGUGUUUACUUAAAGAAAAUAUCAAAUACUUUAUAUGGAGAUGCAGAAAUUUUGAUUCAUAAGACCUAUAAUAUUCAAUUGGUUCUAAUCACAAAGAUUUUCCAUAGAAAAGAAGAUGUUAAGAAAUUGUAGGAAGAAACAUCUUUAAGACUUAAUCUGAUUUCAGAAAGAAUACUUCGUUUAAUUUCGUAUAAUAGUAAUAUCAAUUAUUUAAACUAGUAAAGGAAGUCAAAGAAUUAUGUGGUAGUUUCUAUAGAAUCUAAUGGAUAUAUGAAUUUCAUUCACACACACUUUAAGACAAUAUCUAGUAUAGAAAAAAGAAAGACCUCCCUUUUACUGAAAUUGAAAUCAUUAAUCUUUUAGAUAUUAUACUAUAAGGAUUUCAAAUUUUUAAAUCUGUCUCCAUACGGCAUGGUUAUUUAUAACCUAAACAUAUUAUUCAAAAUACUAAAUCCCAAAACUUUUGCAUUUCUGAUAUUAAGUUUAUUACUAAAAUGACUGAAUAUUAAGAAGCUUUACAAAAUAUAGACUCUGUUCAAUAAUGUUACUUAUCUCCUGAAUUAUUAAAGGAAUUACAAAAAGGUUCUUAAGAGAAUUCAAGUUAUGAAAAGAAUGAGAUAUUUUCUAUUGGCUUAAUCCUUUUGAAUUGUAUGUUGCUUGAUUAUCCAGAGAUUUACGAUCUACCUAAUUUUGCUAUCAAACAACAAAAGUUGUGUGAGUAUUUAAGGAUUGCUGAAUAAAGGUACUAAAGUGCCUAAAUUGUUAGAGAAAUGCUAUUAAUAGACAUUUAUCAUAGGUAUACAAUUGAUUGAUAGUAGACCAUCCUUAGAAUAACUUAUCUCUUUAUUAAUGCAAUUCAAAUACAAAAUAUAAAAUAGACCAUCUCCAAAACCAUAAUCUAAUUAUAUACUACAUAUUGAUCAAAGUAAAGAAAAUUACUCUUCAUAAAUUGAUCGUAGAUAUGCUACUGAAAACUAAUAAACAACUCCAUUGAAACACAAUUAAGAACGAGCACAUUCUCGUAAAAUAUCCUAAUUAACUCCAAUUACUCAUCUAACACAUUCUCCUAUUAUUUUGAAUAAAUAAGAAACUACUGAAAUUUCAACUAUAAGUUAAAAUAGUUACUUUCAAAUGGAUACUUCUAAUAUUAAUUCAAGUAUAAGGGAUCCCUAUAAUUUUACAUAUAGAGAUGUUACUCCAGAAAGAAAAACUAAACCUUGUCCAUCUCCAUUUAAAUAAAUUACAUCCAAUAAUAUUCAAAAUUCAUCAAGAACCAAUUACUUUUUUCCAAAUACAAAAUAAAAUGAAAAUUCAUCAUUCCUAUAAUCUGAAUCAAUCAGCUAUGAUUUUGCUGAAGGAAUUAAGUUAAAUGUUCCAAGUUCUUUAUAAUAAGAAUUUACUAAAUUAGGCAAUAAAAGUUAUCAAUACUAGAACCAUUAUUAAAAGAAAUUAUUUUGA